AGUGGGAGACGAAGGAUCGCGGGUAUGGCUGGAGGUGCUGGUCCGCAAGGCUCGCCUGAAGAAGAACGCAGUACAUCCUGGGCAUGCAGGGUAAACGGUCCACCAAGACCACGCGGACCACCACGAGAACAAGGCAAAUGUGGACCGGACGGGAACAAUGGAACAGCAGGAUCUCCGAUAUACCCUGCCAUCUAA